AUGACUUUGCAGUACUCAUCUGAGUAUCUUCUCCAACUUCUCCAACGUUUCCUCAAACACCAAAACCAAGUCAAGCAAAUACACUGCCUCCUAAUCACUGACUCUCACCUCCUCAACAAUGGAAGCAGCCCAUCAAAUCCAAAAUGGAUAAGCACCCUCUUUUACAACACUUUGAUAAGAGCCCAUUUUGGCUUUGGACAAGCCCACGAGACCCUUCACUUCUUCAAUAGCAUGCUCAAUCACAAUGUCCCGCCCAAUGGUCACACCUUCCCCUGCCUACUCAGAGCCGCGUCAUUCUCACCUUCCUUGGCCUCCCUCGUUGGAUCAUCUCUCCACACCCAAAUCAUCAGACGGGGUGUAUCAUGUGACCCUUUUAUACAAACUUCAUUGCUCUGUCUUUAUUCUGAUAUUGGUGAUAUGAUCAAUGCACGCAAAGUGUUCGACGAAAUUGCUUUCCCGUGCGUUGUUGAAUUUAACGCAAUGCUUGAUGCUCUUGGAAAGAAUGGGGAUAUGGGUUCUGCUGUUUUUCUAUUUGAGACCAUGAGGAAGAGAGAUGUGGUUUCUUGGACGAGUGUUAUAAAUGGGUUUGCGAGGAAUGGGCAUUUUGGUGAGGCAAUUCGGUUUUUUAAGAAGAUGAUAUGGCAUGAGGAUGAAAACGAUUGUUUAACCAAACCAAAUGAAGCUACAUAUGUUAGUGUACUAUCUUCCUGUGCUAAAUUAGACAAUGCAGGAGCUUCUUAUUUUGGAAAGGAAAUGCAUGGAUAUAUCAUCAGGAAUGAGGUUGCUUUGACUGUUUUCAUGGGGACGGCAUUGAUAGAUUUAUAUGGCAAGUCCGGUCUUUUAGAAACCGCCAUCAAAGUUUUCGAGCAGAUGGAUGUCAAAGAGGUUUACACUUGGAAUGCAAUAAUUUCUUCGCUAGCUUGCAACAGCCGAGAGAACCAAGCUUUGGAGAUGUUUGAGAGAAUGAAGAGUAAUGGGCUCCACCCAAAUGAGGUUACUUUUGUUGGUGUUCUUACUGCCUGUGCUCGUGCUAAAUUGGUAGAGUUAGGCUUGGACUUGUUCCAAUCAAUGUCCCGUGAAUUUGAAGUUGUUCCAGUAAUGGAGCACUAUGGGUGUGUGGUGGAUCUUUUGGGCAGGGCAGGGCUACUGAGGGAGGCAAGCGAGUUUAUAAGUAGAUUGCCUUUUGAACCUGAUGCUUCAGUUUGGGGAGCUCUAUUGGGCGCUUGUAAGAUUCAUGGAGCCGUCGCACUUGGAAAUGAUGUAGGGACAAGGGUGCUGGAGCUGCAGCACCUGCAGUGUGGACAGUAUGUGGCAUUAUCACACAUUAAUGCUGGAGCGGAGAGAUGGAUUCAUGCUGCAGAUUUAAGGCAGGCAAUGGUGAAGUCUGGAAUCAAAAAGAUUCCUGCGUACAGUUCAAUCAAUUCUUUGUAACUACAUGGGUUUGCACCUGUUCCGUGGGAUGGUAGAUUGCUUGAUACUCAUCAAUUUUGUUCUUAGAGUUCUCAUGAUACAAAAAUGGAAAUUAUGGAUGGAUGGAUGGGGGAUGACUAACAUAGCAUGUGCUGACUGACAUGUACAGUUCCAAUGGGGCACAGUCUUCCAAUCAAUCACCUGGUUAACAAAAUAUAUCAAUAGCUGACGAACUGACUAAGAACUUUAAAAAAAACAAAACAAACGAACAAACCUCCCUGACGGUUGCUUUAGUCCAGAAUAUCUUCUUCUCUUUGCCUUUGCCUUUGCCUUUGCUUGGACACAAGCAAGGAUCCUAUGUAUCCUAUCUUUUCUGUCUUCUAUUUUUGGAUGAAGCAAGAUGUUGAAAGAGAUAUGUUAGCAGGAAGUGAUUGUAUGUGUGGGUG